CGGACCGAUCAUGUUGUAUCGGAAGGUUUUUAAGACAAAUCAUAUCGGUUAUCCCCCUUAUUUUCGUUAACCGAAUGAGCAGCAUGGCACAAUAAGAGCGGAUAUCAUAUAUGUUCGGUAAAAGAACCCGAACGAAUUGUGAGAAAAUGAAUCAUAUAAAAAGGUAACACUCUAUCAUGAUCAUAAUGAAUUUAUUCACCACCCCCAAUCCCUACCUUACAUUCCGACAUGUACUUCAACAAGAUCCAAUCCGCCUUUUCCCUCACGCUUGCUAGCAUUUUGCUAUCUUCCCAUACGUCAAAUGCAAGUCCACUUUCCUUUUCAGCCAGCACUUUGGAAAGCGAUCUAUUGCCUCACGUUCCAGUUUGUGUACCACCACAAGUUGCCUCAGCAACAGGACAAUAUCCAAAAUCUGCCGUUACAACUGUUCAAACAGGAAAAGAUUGUACAAAAUAUGGAGAUCCACCAGCAAAAAUAUUAACACCUUUAGAAAGUUUGCCAACAGGAUUACAAGAUUUAAUCGAUAUUUGUCAUGGACAAAUCAUUAAUGGAACGGAUAAUACAGGAAAGAUGAGAUCUGCUUGCUUUUAUGCAAAUCCUGCUUCUACGAAAGAUAAACCUUUGCCACUCGUGGUUUGGUUGCAUCCUUCUGCCGUUCAAACGACUCUCUCUUUCCCAUUGACCGGAAUUGACGAAGUGCGUACAACACAAGCUUUAAAUAACCAAGACCCUUCAAGACUCGGAUUCUCGUACAUUUUACCCUUAGGACGUAAUACCAUUCAUCAAUACCCUAUCCCCGACAACAACACGCCCGGCUGGGAUAAUUGGUACCGUAAUUUUGAUCGUUCUUCAUCUGCUUUGAAUGCAGAUGCAGAUUGGAUCGAUAAAUCAAUCGCAUAUGCAAAAAGCAAUGUACCGGUUGACAAACAAAGAGUCUUCAUGUCCGGUUGGUCAAAUGGAGCUUCAAUGGCAACGAUCUAUGCUUUAAACACUGACGGAAUUGCCGCUUCAAGCGUUUAUUCCGCUCCGGAUCCUUAUCGUGAUUCGCAAGAUCCUUGUACUCAAGUUCCUUAUCCACCAUUCGCUACACCAACUUCCAUUAUCCAUAAUUAUUGUGAUAUCAUCGGAACUUGCACUACCGGAAAAUACUUCUAUGACGAUCUACGCAAUCGAUACCCAAGUCUAGAACAACAACUCGUCAUUAUUGAUGUUGCGACUGCGGCAGUCAAGUCAUCAGAUGGAAAUUCUCAAUGCGAAGAAGCUUGCCAAGGUAAUUGUGCAGUCACAACCGGUACGGUAGCCCAUCUUCGUUGGCCUUCAGUACGAAACUCGGAUACGCUAUUUGCUUUCAUGAAACAAAAUCCAUUACCUUCAAGUGGAACUUGGGGAGCUCCUCAUUAAACUCAUCUUUUUUUCUUUAUAUGGAAUUGCUGGAAUUGCCUAAUGAAAUGACAAUUAAAAGAUAUGCUCUAAUGAAGAACAUGAAUAAUUUCUAUUUUCAGAGAAGAAGAUUUUCCUUUUCAACUGGAUAAAUCAUUUUGUCGA